UCUCCACGUGUUCGGGAUCGCAACAAUAAACAAGACGCGAAAUGGAAAACCCGAAACCGGACGAUAUCGAGGUGCGGCAGGUGUGCGCCGGGGAAUCGGAGGAGCUGAUGGUCUUCCUGCUGGCCCACUACUACCCCGAGGAGCCACUCACGGCGGGCACCAGUCCGCCGGAGCCGGAGGCGGCGGACAAGGAGUUCCUGCUGUCCAACGUCCCCUUCGGCACCUGCUUCAUGGCGCUGCAGGGGGGCAGGAUAGUGGCCGCGGUGGUGGCGGGGCCCAAGGACUCCCACGAGCCGGAGCACAUGGCCGAGGAGGCGCGGAGGCAUGCCGGCGGCAAGUGGGGACGCAUUCUGCACCUGCUCUCCGCCGUGGAGAGUGCCACCGAUGUCUGCCGGCGAUUCGGAGUGCCCAGCAGCCUGCAUGUCCAUGCGCUGGGCGUCGAUCCGGUGGUGCGGGGUCGUAGUCUGGGCGCCCGCCUCAUGACCGCCGUGGCCCAGCGUGCCCGGGAACUGGGCCACCCGCUCGUCUCCGUCGACUGCACCAGUGUCUACUCCGCCCGGCUGGUGCAGCGCCUGGGCUAUCAGCUCGUCAACACUUUGCGGUACGUCGAUCACCUGGACGCCAGUGGACAGCAGGUCAUCCGUCCACCGCCGCCGCACGAAAGUGUCCAGACCUUCGUGCUGCACCUCUAGACACUAAUCUGUCCAGCUGUUGCUGGGGAACCUUAUCAAAUCUUAUACAAGUCAGCAAACACUGACGCGUUUAUCAUUUCCCAAUCAAAGGUGUAAAACUUGAUAGCUCUAUGAAAAAAAAUUGGCAAACGAUGGGCAUGUAAAAAGCUUAUAUUAGCUUUUUUUUCUAUACCAAAUUUUAUUUAUACUGUGAACUUUAAUAUCAUUAUUCAUAAGCUAACUUAUUUUGCUGUCCACAUCAUUUAAGAAAUCGUAGUGUUUAACUAGUAAACAUUUCAAAUUGAUAGAAGCGCUGAAAGCUAUAUAUUUAAAACUUAUACAUAUCAAGCUUAAAAAAACAAUAAAUUAUUUUGUAACUAAAAUAUGUGAAGAUAUUGAUAUUGUUUUAUCAAAAUUCGUUAUUGAACAUUUAAAUUAAUUUGCGUUUUCCUGCUAAGUUAUAUGAUAGACUUAAAAAAAAUAUAUUGAACAACUUUUAUUAAAUAUGAGGCUAAUAA